AUGGCUGACGCAUUAUUUCAACAAGCUGAUACAAACAAAGAUAACCGAUUAGAUUUAAACGAGUUUCGCAACCUUGUCUCAUCCGGUGCAGCAGGUGGAGGAGCUGGUUACUCAAGCAGCAGUUACGGAGCUAGCGGAUACGGUGCUGAUGCUUCACUUGCUGGUUUGGGUGGAGCUGGUGGUGGAUACAGUUCAUACUCAUCAAGCUAUGAAUCCAGUGGUGCUGGUGGAUUAGAAGGAGGAGCUGGCUUAUACGGAGCUGGUAUAAGUGGCGAUCUCUCUGGAGCAGGAGGAUAUGGUUCAUCGUCAUUUGAAUCAUCAAGUUAUUCAUCUGGAGGAGGAUUGGAUGUUGCUAGUCUUGCAGGAGGUGCUGGUCUUGUAGGAGGCGCUGGUCUUGUAGGAGGUGCUGGUGGCGCAUAUGGAGCUGAUUAUUCAACAGUUAUCGGUGGUGCUGGAGGAUACGGAGCCUCCAGUUUUGGAUCUGAAAACGUGUCAGUUCAUCGAUACGCAACAGAUGCCCAAGGAUUAUUUCAAGAUUCAAACCCACAAAUAAUUCGUAAACCAGCACCAGGUGGUGGCGUUACAUAUAAACAAAAUAUACUGGUUCGAUUUCUUCAACCACCACCAGUUCCACCACCAGGCCCAUUGAUCAUCAAGGAGGUCAGACCACCACAGCCACCAGCGCCACCACCGCUCGUUGUUCGUCAACGUGCUCCUGCCCCACCCCAACCACCACCACUCAUUCUUCGUGAAAGACCACCGCCAACCCCAGCUUCAGUUGCAGCAAAAACAGUUAUCCGAAGAUUGGCUGCAUUACCUGUACCACCACGCUCAGUCAUAAUCGAGCGCUUACCUGCUCCACCUCCAAAACCCCGUGAUAUUAUCAUUGAACGAUGGAUUCCAUACGGUGCACAAGCUAAACGAAGAACAAUUGUUCAACGUGCUGCUGCUGCCCAACAAUACCGGGCGCCACGAAAUGUCAUCAUUCAAUAUGAACCAAUUCAAGCUCGUAUUGUUCGACAAUUUCAACGACUUGGAGUUCAAGCAGAAAAUCCACAAUCAUAUGUUCAACGUUAUGGUGCUCAAUUACGUGAUAGUGUGACACUUGUUCAAGAAGCACGAUCGGCUGGAGUUGUCGAAGACAUUAGCCCACCAGUUGUUGCUGGUCUAGCAGUAUCAGGUGCAUCCUAUGGCGCGGAAUAUUCUGGAGCUGCAGGAGGUUUAGCAACUGGUGAAUUCAGUGCUGAUCUCUCAGGUGCUGGUGGAGCUGGUUACAGUAGCUCAUCUUUUGAAUCUAGCUCAUAUGGUGCUGGAGCUGGAGCUGGUGGUUUUGGUGCAGGAGGAGCUCUCUUGGACGCAGGUGCAGCUGGUGGUUACGGAGGUUCAUCAUUCGAAUCCUCAUCUUAUUCUUCAUCAACCGGCGAUUUGGGAGCAGUCGGAUUAGGAGGAGCAUAUGGUGAAUCAGGCUUCAGUACCGGUGGUGCAGGUGGUUAUUCAUCAUCCUUCGGUGUUGGAGCAGGAGGUGCUGAUGCAGCCUUUCAAGCCGCAGAUACCAAUCGCGAUGGUACUUUAAGUCAAGACGAAUUCAGAAAUUACAUUAACAAAAGUGGAUAA